AUGUUGACAGCUCUCAAUGCCAAGAACAAAACAGGUUUUGUAGAUGGAACAUUUUCUCAACUUGAAGAUCAAGCUGAUCCAUUGUAUAUUCUGUGGUUUUGUUGCAACAAUAUGGUGCUUUUGUGGAUUUUGAAUUCUCUCACACGAGAGAUUGCUGCCAGUGUUAUCAGCUUUUCAAUUGCUAAAGAAGUUUGGAAGAAUUUGAAAAUUAGAUUCACACAAGUAAUUGAGCAACAUCAAAAGGAAUAUGUUGUUCAAUUUUUGAUGGGUCUAAAUGAUUCUUUUACACACAGUCGAGGACAAAUUCUGCACAUGGAUCUAAUGCCAUCCAUUGAUAGAGUUUUGUCUCUCACUUUACAAGAAGAAAAGCAAAGAAAGGUGGUGGGAUCAUCUUUGAUGACUGAUACUGCUGCUUUAUUCAGCAAGAAUGUUCUUGCAACAAUGGUUAAGAAUCAUCAAAAGCAACGUCCUAGGCCUAUUUGUACUCAUUGUGGUUUUACUGAACAUACGAUUGACAAAUGCUACAAAUUACAUGGGUAUCCUCCUGGAUAUCGUCAAAAUUCAAGAACCAAGACAUCAUUUGCACAUCAAGUUUCAUUAUCUUCCAAUGACUCAGAUUUUUAG